AUUGUGUGAAGUGAGACAUGUCCUCUGGGGAUGAUGGGGGGAUGAUGCGGGCCACUCCCCCAGGUCCAGCAUAUCCUCCCCAGCAACAACAGGAAAAUGUACAAAAGAUCCAUAAGGCCAUGACUCAAAUGGAGGAAAAAGGGAUGCAAGAUGACCCUAGGUAUGCACAGCUAGCAGCUAUGGCAGACAUGGCAAGGAAUCAAGGUAUGCCUGGUCAGCAUCAUGGUAUGGGCCAUCAGAGAAUGGGAGACUACCAGGGUAACAUGAUGCAAGGGGGUCCACCUCACAGUAUGAGUGGUGGAUCCCAGGGCAUGGGAGGGGGGUCACAAAAUAUGGGUGGAAGCCAGCAGAACAUGAUGCAAGGAAUGGGUGGUCCUCAGCACAGAAUGGGAAAUAUGCAACCAAUGCCCCAUCAGGGACAGAAUAUGAACCAAGGAAUGCCUCCACAAGGUCAAGGAAUGACACCACAGGGUCAAGGCAUGGGCCAGGGAAUGCCGCCACAAGGUCAAAACAUGGGGCAGGGAAUGCCACCCCAAGGACAAAAUAUGGGACAGGGAAUGCCACCUCAAGGACAAAAUAUGGGUCAGGGAAUACCACCUCAGGUUCAAGGCAUGGGUCAAGGAAUGCCCAAUAAUAAUCCUGGAAUGAAUAACCCAGGAAUGCCUGGUUCCAAUGCUGGAGGAAAUUAUAGUCCUAUGGGUGGACAAGGAAUGCAUGGAAGUUCAAACAUGGCUGGCCAGGGAAAUAUGACAGGACCUCAGUCAAUGAAUGCAGGGAUGGGAUCAAACUCUCCACAUCCAAUGCCACAAGGUGGCUCAAUGCAACACAAAAUGGGAGGCAACAUACAGCAGAUGGGAAGUUCCAACAGGCCAGACCAACAGAGUCAGCAAGGUAUGCCAAAUCAAAUGGGUGGACCAGGAGGAUCACAAGGUUCAGGAAGGCCAAAUGCUUUUAAUCCUCCACAGUUAGCACAGCUAAGGGCCCAGAUAAUGGCAUACAAACUACUUUCCAGAAACCAACCUAUUCCAGAGAAUAUUCGAAUGGCAGUGGAAGGCAAAAGAUAUCCUCAAAUGCAGCGGCCACAAGAUCCAAGUGGUAGAAUGGGACAACAGCCAGGGCAGGCUCCCAACUCUCAGGCCCCACACAGCCAGUCCUAUAGCUCUGGAUACUCUGGGGGGCAGAUGACACAAGUACCACCAAACACCAGUGCCAGUCAGCUCCCCCAGAGACCCCCAGGCCAACAGCCAGGUUCACACCCCCAAACAGGGCCUCAAGGAGCUGCUCAGCAACCAUCUACCCAGUCCAUAAUGCAACAGAAACAUAGCAAGAUUGCUCCUGUUGCCAAGCCACAGGGACUUAAUCCUAUUGACUUACUGAAUGAAAGAGAAAACAGAAUCGCAGCUCGAAUUUCAUGCAGAAUCAAGGAGCUACAAGAUCUUCCUGCAACAAUGCCAGAAGAUAUGAAAACCAAAGCCAUGAUUGAACUGAGGGCCUUAAGACUUCUGAAUUUCCAAAGACAGCUGAGAAGUGAAGUUGUUUCCUGUAUGCGAAAAGAUACCACACUGGAGACUGCUUUGAAUACAAAAGCUUACAAGCGGAACAAGAGACAUUCUUUACGUGAAGCAAGAGUCACAGAAAAACUGGAGAAACAACAGAAGAUUGAGCAGGAGAGAAAGAGAAGGGCUAAACACCAGGAAUAUCUAAAUGCUGUUCUUCAACAUGCUAAAGACUUCAAAGAGUUUCAUCGCAAUGUCACUAACAAGAUAGGAAAACUUAACAAGGCUAUGAUGGUACAUCAUGCAAACACUGAACGUGAACAAAAGAAAGAGCAGGAACGUCUGGAGAAAGAACGUAUGAGAAGACUCAUGGCUGAAGAUGAAGAAGGUUACAGGAAGUUGAUUGACCAGAAGAAAGACAAACGUCUUGCCUAUCUGCUGGCUCAGACAGAUGAAUACAUCUCUAACUUGAUGACUUUGGUGGCUGAACACAAGGAGGAUCUAAAGAAGAAAAAGCAAAAGCGUCGUAAGAAGAAGAAGGAUGAAAAACUGGAGGAUGGUGAUUCUAACAUGAGUGAGAUCAGAGUAUCUGUAAUUGAGACAUCCACAGGGAGAGUUCUAACUGGUGAUGAGGCUCCACUUGCAAGUCAACUGGAGGCCUGGCUGGAAUUAAAUCCAGGAUAUGAGGUGGCCCCUCGAGAUGAUGGAGAGGAAUCUGGGUCAGAAGAAGAGGAGGAGGAGGCUGAACAGGAGGAAGUGAUACCAGCAAAGCCAGAAAAAACUUUACCCAAGCUCACUAGCCCUGAUGACAUUGAUGAAGGCUUGGCUCAGGAAGUGAUAAAUCAAGCCUCCAAAGAAGUGGACGAUGAAUACCACCGCAAUGCCACCAAGACAGAGGAAAAGAGUUACUACGGAGUGGCUCAUACGGUUCAUGAACAUGUUACAGAACAGGCAACCAUCAUGGUGAAUGGCAAACUGAAGGAAUACCAGAUUAAAGGGUUGGAAUGGUUGGUUUCCCUGUAUAACAAUCAUUUGAAUGGAAUCUUGGCUGAUGAAAUGGGUUUGGGAAAGACUAUUCAGACAAUUGGUCUCAUCACCUAUCUAAUGGAAAAGAAGAAAGUCAAUGGACCCUUCCUGAUCAUUGUGCCACUAUCAACAUUAUCAAACUGGGUUUUGGAGUUUGAAAAAUGGGCCCCUUCUGUGAUCAAAAUUGCUUACAAGGGAUCUCCUACCACAAGACGCAUGAUAGCACCUCAGCUUAAAGCUGCCAAGUUUAAUGUGCUUUUGACUACAUAUGAAUACAUCAUAAAAGACAAGGCUGCAUUGUCAAAGUUAAGAUGGAGGUACAUGAUCAUUGAUGAGGGACAUCGUAUGAAGAAUCACCAUUGUAAGCUGACCCAGGUGUUGAACACCCAUUACAGUGCUCCCCAUCGUCUCCUCCUGACUGGAACUCCUCUACAGAACAAAUUGCCAGAGUUGUGGGCCUUGCUAAAUUUUCUACUGCCAAGCAUCUUCAAAUCUUGUUCCACAUUUGAACAGUGGUUUAAUGCUCCAUUUGCCAUGACUGGAGAAAAGGUGGAGCUGAAUCAGGAAGAGACUUUGUUGAUUAUUCGUCGCUUGCACAAGGUGCUGAGACCUUUCUUGCUUCGUCGUCUCAAAAAAGAAGUGGAGUCACAACUUCCUGACAAGGUUGAGUAUGUCAUCAAGUGUGAGAUGUCUGCUCUCCAGAGAUGUGUGUACAGACACAUGCAGGCCAAGGGAAUUCUUCUUACUGAUGGAUCAGAAAAGGACAAGAAGGGCCGUGGUGGGUCUAAAGCUAUGAUGAACACUAUAAUGCAGCUGAGGAAGAUUUGUAAUCAUCCUUUUAUUUUCCAACAUUUGGAGGAGGCCAUAGCAGAGCAUCAAGGAGGCACAGGUGCCUCUGUCAGUGGACCUGACUUGUAUCGAACUGCUGGAAAGUUUGAAUUCUUGGACCGUGUCCUGCCAAAACUGAAGACUCUACACCACCGUGUCCUGCUCUUCUGUCAAAUGACAUCACUGAUGAGCAUCUUGGAGGAUUACUUCUUGUACAGAGGGUAUAGAUACCUGCGUUUGGAUGGAACCACUAAGUCUGAGGAUCGUGGACAGUUGUUGGAACUUUUUAACCAGAAGGAUUCCCCCUAUUUUGUGUUCCUUCUCAGUACUAGAGCUGGAGGAUUGGGUCUAAAUCUCCAGGCUGCUGACACUGUCAUUAUUUAUGACUCAGACUGGAACCCUCACCAGGAUCUUCAAGCCCAGGACAGAGCCCAUAGAAUUGGCCAGAAGAAUGAAGUCCGGGUGCUGCGUCUGAUGACGGUGAACUCUGUGGAAGAAAAGAUCUUGGCUGCUGCCCGCUACAAACUGAAUGUGGACGAAAAGGUCAUCCAGGCUGGUAUGUUUGACCAGAAGUCCAGGGGAUAUGAGCGCCAGCAGUUCUUACAGUCCAUUCUGGAGCAGGAAAAUGAGGAAGUGGAGGAAGAGGAUGAGGUUCCUGACGAUGAGACUAUCAAUCAGAUGUUGGCAAGAACUGAGGAAGAAUUUGAUGUCUACCAGAAAAUGGACAUUGAGAGAAGAAGAGAGGAAGCCAGAAAUCCGAAUCGCAAGCCCAGAUUGAUGGAGGAAGAUGAACUACCAACAUGGAUUCUUAAAGAUGAAAAAGAGGUGGAGAGGUUGACCUAUGAAGAAGAGGAAGAUAAAUUAUUUGGAAGGGGAUCAAGACAGAGAAAGGAAGUGGAUUAUUCUGAUUCUCUCACAGAAAAACAAUGGAUCAAGGCUAUUGAAGAAGGUAAUUUGGAUGAGGUAGAACAGGUGAAGCAGAAAGUCAAGAAACCUAGAAAGAGGAAGGCUGAGAAAGAAGAGGAAGCUAAACCGAAGAAGAGACGUGGUCGUCCUCCUGUGGAAAAAUUACCCCCCAACCCACGCAAACUGACUUCUGUCAUGAAGAAAAUUCUGGAUGUUGUCUUGAACUACAAAGAUAGGGAUGACAGAGUUCUGAGUGAAGCGUUCUUCCAAUUACCAUCAAAGAAAGACUUGCCAGAGUACUAUGAGAUCAUAGCAAAGCCUGUUGAUUUCAAGAAAAUCAAACAAAGAAUCCGGGAUCAUAGAUACCGAAGUGUGGAUGAUCUGGAGACUGAUGUCAUGCUGUUGUGUGAGAAUGCACAGUCUUACAACAUUGAAGGCUCACUGAUUUAUGAAGACUCAAUAGUUCUGAAGUCGGUGUUUACCAGUGCAAGGGAAAGAUUGGAGAAAGAAGGUGUGACCUACUCAGAUGAUAACAGCAGUAGUAAUGAGGAGGAAGAAGGGGAGGAGGAGGAAGGAAAAGAAGAAGAGGAAGAAGAGGAGGAGGAUGAGGAAGGACAUUCUUCCAGCAAGAAACACAAGAGAGAUAGGAGCAAAAAGAAAAAGGAGAAGGCAGAAAGUUCCAAAAAGAGAAAGUCUCGCUCCAAGGCCAAGCCUGUGAUCAGUGAUGAAGAUGAUGAGACUGAUGAGGACUUUGAAUGAGUGAAUGGUCAUUGGCAGGAAGAUGAUGAACACCCAGAUACUGAAUGAUUUUGGAUUCAUUUGAUAUUCAGUGCAGACAGAUAAAACUUUUUGUUUUGAAAAAAAAAUAUUGUACAGCUGUGUUCAGUGUAAUCAAAUGUCAUUAAUGUAGUGAUAGUUGUUAUUGAUUCAGUGCAAUGAUUCUGUAAAUAAAGUGUAGUGUAUACAUAAAGC